AUGGAAUGGUUAAAUUUCCCUUGGUUAAUUAGCUGCCUCUCACUCCCUCCCUCUCGGCCGGCUCGUCUCCUCCCGCGCCUAUCUUCGGCGAGCCGGGGCGCCGCCGUCCCGUCCUCUGUUUCCGCUGCGUCCUCGCCGGUUCUCCUCAAGCACCGUCCUCCGUCGUCCCACAGCCAGCGGCGCCUCUCCAGUCUGCGCGCCAUCCUCCCGGAGUCGCCGGCGCACGGGGACUCCUCCGUAGAUCCGCAGCCGCGCCGGCCCAUCUACCGUCUGCGGGUACGACGCCGCCGGCUCCUCCUCCUCCCCCCAUUCUUGUCGUUUGUUGUUUGCCGCCGCCGGAGGAAGCCCACCGGCAGAAUGUUACCAACCUAUCAUGGAGAUAGCAGAUUUCUUCUGGGAGCUUGUUUCCUGAGUAAACUGCCUACACUACGCCAAAUGAAGGUGUCUUUGGUAUGUAGUGCUAACCCCAACAACCAUAGGUCAAGAAAUUUGGAUAUCACACGCCAACAGAAGGUUGGAUCAGCACGGAGGAAAAGUAAGUCUUACCAGGAGAAAGAUGACUCUGAGAACAUUUAUGAUUUUGAUACUGAUAUUAUGUCCUCCAGAAAUGGACCACCCAUCUCGUUAACAAGCAAUUCCCGUCCUCAAGCAACAUCAGUCCCAGGGGAAAGAGAGAAGGAGAUAGUAGAGUUGUUUAAAAGGGUUCAAUCACAAUUGAGAGCAAGGGGGAAAGGCAGGGACGAGAAGAAACCUGAACCAACAAAAGCACAGGGUGAAAGGGGCAGUGUUGAUUCCCUUCUUAAUUUGCUCAGGAAGCACUCGGUGGACCAACGAAGGAAGAGCAGUGAUGAGAAAGAACAGAGUGUUGACCAAACAAGGAGAAGCAAUGAAUCAGGAAAUAAACAAAACUCAAGCAUCUUCAUAAAGAAUGAUACUCAGGAAGAACAGAAAAAGCCACAGCCUGCAGCCUUCAAAAGACCAUCUUCGAAUUUUAGGCGAAGAUCACCUGUUCCUGGUGUAAAAUUCCAGCUUGUUACCAGUGUGGAUGCCGAGCGAGCCACCAAUAACAUCAAUGAUGCAGUUGAAGAAACUAAGGCAACUUUGGAAAAUAAGGUUGCCGCAGAUGAACCUGACUCGCUUUCUACAUACCAACCUGAUUCUGUAAUACCACCAGAAAAUCUAUAUUUGGGUGACGUUGGUCUUAUUUCAGAUGAUGAAACUGGUGCUUCAGAUACUGAUGAACCCAAUGGAGAAUAUGAUGAGCCAUCUUUGCAAAUUCCUAAUGUUCCAAUUGCUGACGAAUCUUGUGAUAUGAGUCUGGAACCUUCCACAGGAAGUUCUGAUUUAAGCUCUUUGAAGGUCACAGAACUAAGGGAACUUGCGAAAUCUCAGGGAAUCAAAGGAUAUUCCAAGAUGAAAAAGAAUGACCUGGUUGAAGUGCUGAGCAAUAUGGCUUGAUCCAUCAGUAACCCUGUCAACUUGGCGCUGUUUCUUCCCUUUUUAUUCACGUUGCCUUGGGCAAAUGCACCAUCUUGCCAUUCCUAUUUUGGCUAUAUCAACUUCUUUCAGAUAGAAAACUGUAAUUGAGCAAGGUAAACAGUAUUCUGUUCUGGUUUUAUUACUGCUCCUUUUGUU